AUGCCCAAGGACACCCCGAGGCUGCAGGUGGCAGGCACCGAUGCUGGCAUUGAAAAAGAAAAGGUCCUAAAAGGAAUAGCAGUGCCCCAAAGGGAGUUUGGGCCCAAACAAAGACCCAGGUUGCUUUUCUCACAAGGUGUCAUGGAGAAGCUCCAGCUGGGCCCCGAGAUCCUGCAGAAGGAGAACCCCAGGCUCAUCUAUGCCAGGCUGAGCGGGUUUGGCCAGUCAGGAAGAUUCGCCAUGGCAGCAGGCCACGACAUCAACUACUUGGCUCUGUCAGGUGUCCUGUCCAGACUUGGCAGCAGCGGUGAGAACCCCUCUGCUCCCCUGAACCUGCUGGCGGACUUUGCUGGUGGCGGCCUCAUGUGCGCCCUGGGCAUCGUGAUGGCUCUCUUCGAACGCACACGCUCCGGCAGAGGUCAGGUCAUCGACGCCAGCAUGGUGGAAGGCACAGCGUAUCUAAGUUCUUUUCUGUGGAAAACUAAAAACCUCGGGCUGUGGGAACAGCCUCGAGGGGAGAACCUGCUCGAUGGUGGGGCCCCUUUCUACACAACGUACAGGACGGCCGACGGGGAGUUCAUGGCUGUUGGCGCGUUAGAACCCCAGUUCUACCAGCUGCUGGUCAAGGGUCUUGGGCUAAAAUCCGACGAACUUCCCAAUCAGAUGAGCAUGGCUGACUGGCCAGAGAUGAAGAAGAAAUUUGCAGCUGUAUUUGCCACGAAGACAAAGGCGGAGUGGUGCCGGGUCUUUGACGGCACAGAUGCGUGCGUGACUCCGGUUCUGACUUUUGAAGAGGUUGCCCAUCAUGCUCACAACAAGGAGCGGGGCUCAUUCAUCACUGAUGGGGAGAAGGGUGUGAGUCCCCGCCCGGCGCCUCUGCUCUCAAACACCCCAGCCACCCCUUGUUUGGAAAGGGAUCCAUUGAUAGGAGAACACACUGAAGAGAUACUUAAAGAGUUUGGGUUCAGCCAGGAAGAGAUCAAUCAGCUUUACUCAGAUAAAGUUAUUGAAGGUAAAAAGCUGAGAGCUAGUCUCUAAGUCCCUCAGCACAAGGGAGUCCGAAUACUGCAUAUAUAGAACGAUACAUACAGAUGUGUGCAUGGGAACAUGAGCGGACAGGCCCGCAGCGUUCCCGCUAUUCUGAUUAAGAAACAGUAAUGAUCCGUCCUGAAAAUGAUUAACACCAAGUGGCUUUUGAUUUAGGAAUGUUUUUAAUUUACCUAUACUAAAUUAUGGCCCUCUUUCUACCUUGACAGAUUAUAUUUGUUGAUAUUAAAACACUUAAAUAUUUAUAAUAUACUUUAAAUGAAUUAAUAUAAUUUUUUAUUAAAUAAAGCUUUUUUUGCCCUAAACUUUACUUGUGAACUUUUAAGUCUGAAAAACUUUCAAGAAAGUCCUAUGAAGUAGCACUUAAAUAGCUUAUUGUGACUCACUGAAAUGGUUUUGGUUCUACUGUUUACCAAAACGAAUGUCUUUGGAUAGAAAAGUCUGAUCCUUUUAAUUUGAUAAGGAAGCUAUUCAGCCAGUCUUGAAACUUCCUUCGGAUCGCCCACCCCUGCCUCAGACCACCCUCCUGAGAGCCUGCCUCCCCCGUGCGGUCGCAUUAGCGUCAGCCACAGGUGGCCCUGACUCAGUCAAUGGCACUGUCAUCCACCUGCCGGGCCUCGCAGACUUCUCCUCUUCACCAGUUUCUGGUUCCCAGUCCCAUCGCGUCUCCCUCUGCCCCUGUAGGUCCUGGCUUACCCCUCACUUCCCUUAGGCCAUUCCCCUUAUGCCACUUUACAGAAGUCCUUUACUGACCCGUCUAAAGUCACAGCCACGUUAUCCCUCGCUGCCCCCCCCGCCCCGCACCCCGCCCCAGUUUUACUUUUCUUCACAGCACACAUCACUGCUAACCCCAGCCCUCACUCCCUCUGAAGCACUGCAUGCUAGAUGGGAAGCUUUAUACAGCAUCUGUAGGGUUUAUUCAUGCUAAACCCCCCGCUCCUAGGACGGUGCCCAGCCCAUGGUGGACACAGGGAAUAUGUAUUAAAGGAAUGCAAGUCAGUAGCGAUGUGCAGCCAGUCCCACCUCCACAGCCCUGGUGCCCAGCCCCCUGCCCAUUGCUUCCUCAUUCCCGCCCUGUCACUGCUUCCCUGGACUGCUGCACAGCUUCCUAUUCACUUUGACUUCCAGUGUCAUUGCCUUCGUUUAUUUCCAUCGUGGUUUUGAUGCCAGGCUGGUCUUCUCAGGCCUGGAAAAGUCUUCAGUGAUCCUUUUUUCUUAUGGGAUAAAAUGCGAACGCAUUCAUAUAGCACAUCAACCCUUUAUUUGUCAUAAGACUUCUACCUAGUUGUCCGGUCCCAUCCAUGCCCCGCCCCUCCCCAGCACUUUAUAUUGGACUGCCCAGCGUUUCUAAAUGUGCUUCCUUCCUUUCCAUCGCUACACCGUUUUCUAGGACUCAACAAUGCUCCUGCUCCCUUUUGCUCCAGCACAAUGACCUAGCAAACUCAGAGUUGGCUCAGACACAGUCUUCUAGUGCAGCUUCCUUCAUUUC